AUGACAGAAGAAAGCAAAGGGGAAGGGAAAGGAGAAAGCGGGAAGGACCUGGAGAAACAGCUGCGCCUCAGGGUGUGCGUUUUGAAUGAACUACUGAAGACGGAGAGCGACUAUGUGGGCACUCUGGAGUUUUUGGUGUCGGCAUUCUUUCACAGAAUAAUGCAAUGGGCUGCUUCCAAAGUUGAUAAAAAUGUUACAGAGGAAACAGUUAAGAUGUUGUUCUCAAAUAUUGAAGAUAUUCUUGAACUGCACAAGGAUUUUCUGUCCAGUAUUGAGGAAUGUCUACUACCUGAACCCAAUGCUCAACAAGAAGUGGGAACCUGCUUUCUUCACUUUAAAGACAGAUUUCAUAUCUAUGAUGAAUACUGCAGUAACCAUGAGAAAGCACAGAAACUUCUGCUUGAACUCAACAAAAUAAGAACAGUACGGACUUUUCUGUUGAACUGCAUGCUGCUAGGAGGACGCAAGAAUACUGAUGUACCAUUAGAAGGAUACAUAGUAUCACCAAUCCAGAGAAUAUGCAAGUAUCCACUUCUUUUGAAGGAGUUGUUAAAGCGUACUCCCAAAAAACACAGUGACUACUCUGCUUUAAUGGAAGCUCUCCAAGCCAUGAAAUCUGUCUGUUCCAACAUAAAUGAGGCUAAGAGACAGAUGGAAAAAUUAGAGGUUUUAGAAGAAUGGCAGUCUCACAUUGAAGGAUGGGAGGGUUCUAACGUCACAGACACAUGCACAGAAAUGUUGAUGUAUGGCGUCUUAUUGAAAAUCUCUGCAGGAAAUAUUCAGGAACGGGUGUUUUUUCUUUUUGACAAUCUUUUAGUCUAUUGCAAAAGAAAGCAUAGACGAUUGAAGAACAGCAAAGCAUCCACAGAUGGACAUCGGUAUCUUUUCCGUGGCAGAAUAAACACAGAGGUUAUGGAGGUGGAAAAUGUAGAUGAUGGUACAGCUGACUACCAUAGCAGUGGCCAUAUUGUUAUAAAUGGAUGGAAGAUACACAACACUGCAAAGAACAAAUGGUUUGUGUGUAUGGCCAAAACAGCUGAAGAAAAGCAGGAAUGGCUGGAAGCUGUUCUGAAAGAAAGAGAGAGAAGAAAAGGGCUAAAACUAGGCAUGGAACAAGAUACUUGGGUUAUGAUCUCUGAACAAGGAGAGAAACUUUACAAAAUGAUGUGCAGGCAAGGUAACCUGAUCAAAGACAGAAAGAGAAAAUUAACUACCUUCCCCAAAUGUUUCCUUGGGAGUGAAUUUGUAUCUUGGUUGCUGGAAAUUGGAGAGAUUCACAGACCCGAAGAAGGUGUUCAUCUUGGCCAGGCUUUGCUAGAAAAUGGCAUUAUCCACCAUGUUACUGAUAAGCAUCAGUUCAAACCUGAACACAUGUUGUACAGAUUUCGUUAUGAUGAUGGAACAUACUACCCAAGAAGUGAAAUGCAGGAUGUAAUUUCCAAGGGUGUAAGAUUGUAUUGUCGUCUGCACAGUCUGUUUACCCCAGUGGUAAGAGAUAAAGAUUAUCAUCUAAGGACCUACAAAUCAGUGGUGAUGGCGAAUAAAUUGAUAGACUGGCUAAUUGCACAGGGGGAUUGCAGAACAAGAGAAGAAGCAAUGAUCUUUGGAAUAGCACUUUGUGACAAUGGAUUUAUGCACCAUGUACUGGAAAAAAGUGAAUUCAAAGAUGAACCUCUGCUCUUUCGUUUUUUUGCGGAUGAAGAAAUGGAAGGCUCAAAUAUGAAGCACAGGCUCAUGAAACAUGAUUUAAAAGUAGUAGAAAAUGUAAUAGCUAAAUCAUUGUUGAUUAAAUCAACUGAAGGAAGCUAUGGAUUUGGCUUAGAAGACAAAAAUAAAGUGCCAAUAAUUAAAGUAGUAGAAAAGGGAUCAAAUGCUGAGAUGGCAGGCCUGGAAGCUGGAAAAAAGAUCUUUGCCAUUAAUGGUGACCUAAUUUUUUUGAGACCCUUCAGUGAAGUGGAUAGCUUUCUGAAAGCAUGUUUAAACUGCAGAAGACCCCUCAGGGUGCUUGUGAGCACAAAGCCCAGAGAGACAGUGAAGAUCCCUGACUCUGUGGAUGGUCUUGGAUUCCAAAUACGAGGCUUUGGUCCUUCUGUUGUCCACGCUGUUGGAAAAGGAACUGUGGCUGCUGCUGCUGGCCUUCAGCCUGGACAGUGCAUAAUCAAAGUGAAUGGAAUUAAUGUGAGCAAAGAAACCCAUGCAAGCGUUAUUGCCCAUGUCACAGCCUGCAGGAAAUACAGACGCCCAAUGCAUCAAGAUUCUAUUCAGUGGGUAUAUAAUAGCAUUGAGAGUGCCCAGGAAGAUCUUCAGAAAACAAACUCCAAACCCUUGGGGGAUGAAGGAGAAGAUGCAUUUGACUGUAAAGUAGAAGAAGUAAUUGACAAAUUUAACACCAUGGCGAUUAUUGAUGGACUGAAGGACCAUGUCAGUCUGACUGUAGAUAAUGUUCAUCUGGAAUAUGGUGUGGUUUAUGAGUAUGACAGUACUGCUGGCAUAAAAUGCCAUGUUUUGGAGAAGAUGAUUGAACCAAAGGGCUUUUUUACCUUGACAGCAAAGAUUCUUGAAGCAUUAGCAAAAAGUGAUGAGCAAUUUGUGCAGAACUGUAAUAGCCUAAAAAGUUUAAAUGAAGUAAUCCCUACUGAUCUUCAAAGUAAAUUCAGUACAAGCUGCACUGAGAAAAUUGAGCGCAUCUGCAGAAGAAUCAGUAGCUAUAAAAAGUUCUCACGAGUUUUAAAAAACCGAGCUUGGCCUACCUUUAAGCAAGCUAAAUCCAAGAUUUCACCAUUGCACAGCAGUGAUUUUUGCCCAACUAACUGCCACAUUAAUGUUAUGGAAGUCUCAUAUCCUAAAACUUCAACAUCAGUAGGUAGUGCCUUUGGUGUUCAGUUAGACAACAGAAAACAUUCUUCAUAUGAAAAAGAAAACAAGCAUACUGGUCAAGGUAAACUCAGUCCUAUGGUUUAUAUACAACAUACAAUUACUACAAUGGCAGCUCCAUCAGGGCAUUCCUUAGGUCAACAGGACGGCCGUGGUUUGAGAUAUUUGUUAAAAGAAGAGGAUCUGGAAACACAAGAUGUCUAUCAGAAAUUGUUGUGCAAAUUGCAGGCUGCACUGAAAGAAGUAGAAAAUUGUGUUUCUCAAAUAGAUGACCUUCUUUCUUCAAUAACAUGUUCUCCAAAAUCACAACGUAAAACACAUGAGUCAUUACCACCAACAGACAGUGAUAACGAAAAAGGAGAACGAAAUGGUAAAAAGGUCUGCUUCAGUGUAGCAGGAGAUGAGCAGGAAGAUUCUGGUCAUGACACUAUUAGCAACCGGGAUUCAUAUAGUGACUGCAACAGCAACAGGAAUUCCAUUGCUUCUUUUUCCAGUAUUUGCAGUAGCCAAUGCAGUUCUUACUUUCACAGUGAUGAAAUGGAUUCAGGAGAUGAACUUCCGUUAAGCAUUCGUAUCUCUCAUGAUAAGCAGGACAAACUCCACGGUUGUUUGGAACAUCUGUUUGGUCAGGUAGACUCAAUAAUUAAUAUUCUGAAAGGACCAGCUGUGGUGCGAGCUUUUGAGCAGACAAAGUUCUUCACUCCAAGUCGAAGCUUACAAGAGUUUCAGCAGGACAUAGAACCUAAACUCAGCUGUCCCAAGAGGUUGAGACUACACAUCAAGCAAGAUCCUUGGAACCUUCCCAGCAGUGUUCAGAAUCUUGCACAAAACAUCAGAAAAUUUGUUGAAGAAGUUAAAGCAAGGAUCCUUCUAGCACUCCUUGAAUAUACAGAUAGUGAGAUACAGCUCAGGCGAGACAUGGUCUUCUGCCAGAGUCUAGUGGCCACAGUUUGUGCCUUUUCAGAGCAACUAAUGGCUGCUCUAAAUCAGAUGUUUGACAAUAGCAAGGAAUGUGAAAUGGAGACACAAGAGGCCAGCAAAAGGUGGUUGGAACAGAUAUCCAUUGCAGGUGUCCUUCUUAAUUUCCAGUCACUAUUGUCGCCAAACCUGACUGAUGAACAAUCUAUGCUAGAAGACACACUGGUUGCAUUGUUUGACCUAGAGAAAGUUACAUUUUAUUUUAAACUAUCUGAACAAGAGCCUGUAGUUGCAAAUACGCCAAUCCUUUAUCAAGCAGAAGGAAGUCGGCAAGCCUUGAAAGUUUACUUUUAUCUUGAUAGUUACAAUUUUGAACAACUUCCUCAAAGGCUGAAGAAUGGUGGAGGUUUUAAAAUUUACCCAGUUCUGUUUGCCCAAGCACUAGAAAGCAUGGAUGGCUAUUAUUAUAGAGACAAUGUGUCAGUAGAAGAAUUUCAAGCCCAGAUUAAUGCAGCUUCACUAGAAAAAGUAAAACAGUAUAACCAAAAGCUCAGGGCAUUUUACCUGGACAAGUCAAAUCUUCCACCUAAUUCAACAUCAAAAGCUGCUUACAUAGAUAAGCUGAUGCGGCCUAUCAAUUCUUUGGAUGAACUUUACCGACUGAUGGUAUCUUUCAUAAGAUCAAAACGCACAGCAAGCUGUGCAAACACAGCCUGCAGUGCCUCUGGAGUUGGACUACUGUCAAUUGCUUCAGAACUCUGUAGCAGACUUGGAGCUUGCCAUAUCAUCUUGUGCAAUAGUGGAGUUCACCGCUGUACUCUUAGUGUCACUCUGGAACAAGCUAUAAUUCUUGCUCGGAGUCAUGGUCUACCCCCUCGAUAUAUCCUACAAGCUACAGAUGUGAUGCGCAAACAAGGAGCAAGAGUCCAGAAUACUGCCAAAAAUUUAGGAGUGAGGGAUCGUACACCACAGUCUAUUCCAAGGUUGUACAAGCUGUGUGAGCCACCACCUCCUGUUGGAGAGGAAUAAAAAUUCCUUUUUGAAGAGUAAUGAAAAUGCCAGCUUCUGUGAAACUGAAGUAAAACCUGAUCACAGUCUUCCAUAGAAUGUGCUUUGAAUACUGAUAAAAGGCAGCAUUUAGCUCUGGGUACAGCAAUGUUUCUUCUUCAAUAUGGCUGUUCUAAUGAGGAACAAUUCUUUCUGAAAAGAAAAUAUAGCUGGACUUCUUGUGCUUUUCAGUAGUUUUAUACCUAGUAUUUUACACUGGAAUAGAGCUAAGUGGUUAGUUCAGCAUUGGUUGUUAACCAAUAAUGUACUGGUAGCAACAUGAACACAAAGAUAUAGCAUUGUGUGAAAAGGCCAUAUAGAUGUUCCUUUUAAAAAAGCAAUGCUUUGAUACUAAGGAAGAUAAAAAGAUAGUUUAAACUUGUAAUGCAGCACUUUUUUAGUCCCUUGCUGCACAUAUAAUCCCUUUCCCUCCUACCAAUAUGUUGUCUUAAUUUCUUAAAGUGUAACUAUAUAUAUGAAAUCAAUGAGCAUGCAAUUAAAUAUUGAACAGAGGUGCAAAUGUUAAUAGGAAAAAUGCAAGUUUCUAGUAUAGUGGGAAUACAGAUAGCACUACGGACGAUUCAUUUCAGUAUUCUAAGAAAACCAUCUUAACGUCUGCUCUCAAGUGAACUGAUGGUGAUAACCAUUUCUACAUGGACCAAUCAUGUGAAAAAUGUUCCUAAUGUUUAGGUCAGAAUGCACCAGUGAGUCACAGGAGUUUUGUAUAUGAGUUGCAUGACUUUUAGUACUGACUGAUAUUCAGUACAAGAUGUUCACUUUGGUUCAUGCUGAGAUCAGGCAUUGGAAAUGACAGAUGGAUUCUGAUGAGUCAAAAUUCCAUUAGUUAGUCCUCUUUAAUUAGUAGUUCAGGAAUCAUUGACAGGAACCAUCUUUGCAACAGUGAUUUCUUUAUGUCAUAACUUUGAUCACACUGAGUUUGAAUAAAUCUCACCUGAGAAUAUAUGCAUUCCGAAAAUGAGAAAUAUUCAUUGAAAGGAGUAGAAAUACUGACUAAAGGAGUGACCUGCCAAAUGUUGUAUUUUAUAAUUUGAAUCUGAUAAAAACUGUAGCACUGAAAGACAGAAUUCUCUCAGUGUCAAUGUGGCACUGAGAGAAUUCUGUCUUUCGGUGCUAUACCUCUGAAGAUGCCAGUCACAGCUGCUGGUGAAAUGUCAGGAACUACAAUGCCAAGACCAUGGCCAUACAGCCCAGAAAAUCUACAACAACUUGUGGGGAGAGUUAGGCAGCCAUGCCGUUAGACCCCCACCAAGCUCUGGAGUGUGAAGAGGUUGGGUUGCGGGGGAGGGAAUGUGGAGCCCCUGCUUCAGUCCCCUCCUUCUCAAAGCAACUGACCGUGCUCAGGAGCUGUUGGCACUGCAGCAGUGAGCUGCGUGAAGGGCAGGAUGGCACCCAAAAGAAGGCAGCCAGACUUUGCUAUCCAGCACUGCCUGGCUCCAGCCACAUCCCCAAGUGCCAAAGCAAAACAGCUGAAAGUUUUCUUUUUACAGAGACACAAGCUCUGCCUCAAUCUCAGCCCUGGCUUUCAGGAUAUGAGGGGUACCGUGUUAGUGCCUCAUCUAGGGCUUAAAUUUGAGCUUAGGGUUCAGAAGCUGACCUUUGAGUGCUGGCAUUCAGUCCCCUCUUUUCUCCACUGGAAAACGAUAGAACGGAAGAGGGUUUCUGUGCAGCAUGCUUUCUUCUAUUGUUUACAUUAAUGGCAAAAGGGAGGAGGGAAGCAAGCAGCUUGGAACAGGGCCUUUAAACUUCAGCUGGCAGGUGGGGGAUUCCCCCCCCCGCCUGCCAGCUGAAGUAAGGCACGGGGUUUAAAGUGCCCGCUUCCAUGCCCCUCACUUGCAAGUGGCAUGGAAGUGAGCAUGCUGCUGCGGGGCUGAAGAUGGACCACAGACAGACGAACCAGUCUGCAAACCAGGCAGGUUCAUGAAAAGUUUGUGGUCCGUGGUCUGUGAAACGCCAUGGACAGAUGGCUUGUGGCUUUUUCCUGGUUCGUGCCCACCUCUAGUCUACACAUACACUACUUUCAGUAUCUGAGCUUUGUUUAUGUUUAAGUACAUCCAUUUGAAGCACUCAAGUUCCAAAACCUAAAAACAAUUUUAUAUUGUACACUAUAUUAUCAUACAAAACAUACAAUAUUUUCAUGAUGGGUGUGCUGUUUGUCUAGAAGUAAAAUACUGUCUUCUAGCCAUAAUGGCUACCAUAGUUCAAAGCAACAUUUAAUGUGUUCCAAUAGUGCCUGAAAUGUAUUUUAAUAAUGCAGAUGUUGAUAUUGUACUGUAUUUCCACAAUGCAUACCAUCAUACAAGUUUUAAAAUAUUAUAGCAGUUUUAUUUAGUCUGUUGAAUCUUGUAUAUAAUGUAAGUCCAGAAAACAUAUGUGCUACUUUAGCAGAUUUUGCAGAGGGAGAAUAUAUUUUUGUACUUACAUGAGUAAGGUUUAUUCUUCUAAAUCUCUCAUACUUAUAAUCCUUAUAAUUCAAUUUAUAUUACAA